UCCUAAGCAUCUCUCUCUCUCUCUCUCUCUCUCUCUACUUAAGGACGAGAAGCAGAGACAAUUUUGAGUUCCUCGAUCAUCACUUCAUUACAGUAAUUGCGGAUUCAGUAUCUUCUGUGUUUUGAGGUUUUUUCCUAGAAUUCCAAGCAUGAAGACUCCUAAUUCUGGCUUCUGGUCAGACCUCCCUAUGGACAUCUUGACAUCUGUGUUUGGACGUUUGAGUUUUGUGGACUUACACCGCGCUAAGAUUGUGUGUUUGAAUUGGUAUUCGUGUUCGAAACAAAGGUUGCUCUGUAAAGAAAGACCCCCAUUGCUGAUUCUGUUUCCAGAGAACGAUGUUUGUGCUCUGUAUAACCCGGAUGAAGCUAGGGUUUACAAAACGAAAAGAGACUUUUCAGGGAUCCGAUUCUUGGCAAAUUCAGGCAACUGGUUCUUGGUUCUUGAUUCCAAAUCUAAGCUCAACAUCAUAAAUUUGUUUAGCGAGAAACAGAUCGAUCUUCCACCUUUAGAGUCGAUGAACAGGGAUCACUACAGUCUUGAACGAGUAGGAGAUAAUGAAUUCAAAGAGGUCACUACAGUACUCCGAGUCGGACGUCCCUCAGUUAUCAUCAGGAAUGCGAAAGAUCUAAGAGGUCUUUUGUGGGUAGAUGAGAAGAAAGAAGAGUACGUUGCAAUCUGGUUCUUCAACGUGAGUCACGAGAUUAUGAUUGAUUAUAUUGCCGUUUGCAAGAACGGGGAAGAUCAUUACCGUAGGGUUCCACCACGCCUGUGGUUUCCAGCCAUAUCUGAUAUGGUACUCCGGGGUGGUGUUAGUCUUUACGUUUCAAUGAGUGAUCAAUAUAUGCAAAAACUGGAUUUGUCUGGACAAGAAGGUUUCGAAGAUUUGACCAAGAAUGAUGAUACCCUUAUGCCAUUUCAUCCAUCAAAUGCUCGGCGUGAUUUUUAUGAAACAACAAUUAACUAUAACAUUGCUGUUACGACAUCAGGAGAGGUUUUGUUGGUCGAGAUCUACUUUUACAAAAAAACAAUGCAGAGGAGGUUCAGUCUCUUCAAGAAGGAUCCUAAUCCAGGCCCUGAUGCUAUUAUCAACGACCCGAACCCGCUUGUUGAGGUACAUUCUCUAGGUGAUGAGGCACUGCUUCUUGAUUUGGGUAUCACGGUGCCUGCUGACCAUACCCUUGGUAUCGAACCAAACUCUAUCUAUUUCACCCGUCAUGACCGUGCUUGUAAACGUGGCCGAAAACCUUCAUGCCUGGACAUAUGUGUGUUCAACCUUGCAACAAAGAACCUCAAACGCUUCCCCGGUUUAUCCAACUUAAACCUCACAGAUGCUCGAUGGUUUCUCCCCUCAUGAUCUUGAUUUGUUUUUCUUUUC